AUGCGUAGAAGAGGAGAUUUCAAGAAAGUUCCGUUGAUGAUAAGUUUCACCAGCAACGAGGGUUCAACUUUUCUUGGCCCCAUGGCGAAAUCUUCUUUCGGACUCACAGAGAAUGUGAACAACGGUGUAAGCCCGUCAUACUUUAAGACGUUUGUAACAGAGCUCGCACAUGCUCAAAGCAGCAGGUUAGUUUUAAAUUGUUUUAACUUUGUCGUCAAUGUUGUUCCAUGUCUUGAAAUGAAGUAGAAAAACUUUUAGUACCCCCCCUUUGCUUCCCAGAAUAAAGUGGGUGUGGUGGGGACGUAACGCCGUCUAUGAAGAACGUUCAUAUUUAAUAGAGUUUGUGCCACUUGCUUCCAAGAGUGAACCUUCAGGAUGACAAAACAGAAUCUCUCAGUCUAGCUUAAAAGAAUUGGGAAGAAAUUUGUGAAAUAUUUCAAUUUAUAAUCAGUCUUAUUUAAUGCCCAUCUUAAACUAGGAUAAGGAGUUUAAUUAAGACAUUUGACCAUCAACAGUUCCCGUUUCCCCACAACCAAAUCCAAAAUUAUCCAACUCUUCCAAAGGCGAAGCGAAACAGGUUGCAGUUCAAAGGAAAAAAACAAACAAACAAACAAAAAACAACCAGGAGCCAUAAUCCUCGAUCCUCAGACAAACUUGAUGCUUUCGUCUUUUCAUCUCCAGAAACGAAACCGCUGUCCUUAUCGCAGACGCGCUGGAAUUUAUGUACACCCCAUGGCCUGACAACAGUGACAAAUAUGCACUAAGAAGUCAGCUUGUCGACCUAAUUGGAGAUUACAUCUUCUUUGCACCAAGUCACGAGGUGGCCGAUAUUCACAGCAAAUACGCGCUAGUUUACAUGUACGAAUUCGCUCACCGUUCAAAGACAGCGAGUCUCACGCCAGAGUGGAUGGGUGUGGUUCAUGACGCAAACGCGCUUUUUGACUUUGGCGCUCCUUUGACGUUACCUUUCUUUGAUGACAUCGACAAAGACAUUAGUUUGACGAUCAUGGAACUGUAUACAAACUUUGCUAAGUAUGGCGAUCCAACACCAUUGCCAGUCAGCGGUGUUACGUGGGAGAAGUACGACUCGAGUCACAGAGCUUACAUCCGAGUUGACAACAAAUCCAAGAUGGCCGCUUCAUUUGCUCCUCGUCGAGUGGCAUUUUGGAACAAUUACCAUCCUAAGCUAAUUCAAGUAGGCUUUGGUACAAAGAUCACUAGCGCUAGUGCCAAAGUUGCUAGUAUUCAUGUCUUGCCCACUCUUGCUUUGACAAUUUUAAAAAGUCUUUGCUAAUCUCUAACUGUUUUGCCUCACCAUGAUCAGCAAGUCCACUGAUUUAAACCAUCGUACUAAUUUUCUGUUUUUAGCAAACAGUUAAGGGGGAGGGGAGGGGGCUUGAGGGUUUUUGCUUAUGUCACAUAAAAUCUACUUUAUCCCCCAUAAUGCUCCCCGCCAUCACUGACAGUUAAUUGGCAGUCAAUUUUCUAAAGCUUUCCCUUAAUUAUCUGUUCGUGAAACCCUAUGAUCUGCCCCAAAAAUCCUCCACCCCCCUCUCCCACGCGAUUAACAAUGACUCUUGCCUUAGCCACGUCACUUUUGAAGUGGAGUUUAAAUCCUAACGACACCGAAAGUCUUCCAAAUCAAAAGUUGUGUUAUCAUAUCAAACUUGAACACGGCUUUUUUUUUUCUUGUAUGGUUGUGUUUUAAAAAUACCUGUUAUAUAAUUCUCCUGAUUUGUUCGAUUUACUAAAUUUCUUUGGUAAAAAAUGAGAUUUUACAAUACAAUACUGAGAACCUAAGAUUGAUUAGGGUACUUGUCAGCACGCUUUUCGUAUUUAGAUGCGCGCGCGAACCGUGUAGCAUGCAUUGCACGUCCAAAAUGACUGAUUACUACGUUCCUGAAUAUUAAUUAAGUCUCUGAGUGGAAAGUAAGGUUGUUGAAAUCUUAAAUAUCUGAGACAAGGAGAAAGAAAACUUCGUCAAGGUUGAAUGAAUCUUACAUGCCAAUAAUCGUAUACUAAGCAUGAUGCUGACAAAUAAGUAAUAGACUCCAUGUGGCGUGAGAAUAUGCUCGGAUAGUUGUUCACAGACAUUAUCUUUACCAAGAUGCGCAGAGAUUUCCGAGAGCGAAGCUCGAAGAAAACUGAGCUACAAAGAAUAGAUAAUGUCCAAGUACUUAUUCUCGUGCCAAAUGGAAGUUAACAAACAAACAUCUUACGAAUAUUUUGUAACGCGCUGGAAAAAAUGUUUACGAAUAGGCUAUCGUUUAAGGCGUGGGAUGUUCACUUUUCAGUGCCCACUGGUACUAUUUUAUAAACAAUAAUGUCUCUUCUUCUGUAACAACAACGAAACGCUCUCUCAUCUUGAGUCAAAUUUAAGGUUACUUCAGAGUUUUCCGCUAGUGGAUGUAACGUUUGAAAAGUAAGGAAACAUCCCUUGGAGUAUAUACAGCACUAGAUGUUUCCCAGUUUUAGCUGGGGCAUAUUCUGUCAUGUGAUGGGUCAAGACCUACAUCGCGUGCGAGCAAAAACAUUGUUGGGUUAAGAGUUAGGUAAUAUUUCCUCACAGGACUGGUAGUCAUGGUGGUCCGGUAUCAAUAUCUGACAAUUUUUCUAACUUUUUCCCCCUCCAUUUUCGUCAUUGUUUCCUCGCUUUCUUCUUCAGUAACUUUGAUCUUCAAUCAGACAGAUAAAAAUCGUAUAGUCUAGACCAAAAUAAUCCCCAAUUAAGUCUUUAAAAUAAACAAGGGAUCGCAUUUGUUUUGUUCGUCGCCCCCUCCGAUUGGUCAAGAAUAUACCUACACCAUGAAAUUAGGAGAUCCUCGCAGCUAAGAACACUACUGAAACGAGUAGUGUAGUACCAUCACCAAUUUCCUAACGAUUCAGCUUUAAAACUAAAACUAAAACUAACAGCGACCAGAUCAUUCGCGUUUUCCCCGCGUUUGAGGCGUCAUGGACCAGUAAUUAUUUAUCACGUGAGGAAUCAGAAGAUUUUGGGGGGAUCAAAUGGUUUCAAGGGGGACCGGAGGGGGGAUGAGUCGUCGCUAACAGAGUAUAGAGGGGAGACUGUAGAAAUUUGACGGCCAAUGACGGGGGGAGGGGGGGGAGGGGGAAUCAUUUGAAUACUACGGAUCGAGCUUUUUAUGGGGGGAGGAUCAGGUAAAUGUUAUUGUGACGCAACCAAAAUCUUUCAACCGCCCCUCCCCGAGAAAAAAUUAUCGUAAUAAUAUUUUGCUCUGGGUUCUUUUUGCCUCACUGUGAUUACUCUCCUCUGGAAACAGUCCAUGGCCAUUGAAAAGCGGUGUGGAAAAUGGCCAAGGUUAAGUUUUGAUUACUGGUCAUGAAACUUAAGCGGAUAAAAUUACUACGAAUGCAAAAUUUAUGACGUCAACAGGCUUUCAGUACAUGCUGGCAUUAGUUUCCAUCUACGUCAAUAAAAAUAAAGAAUAAAAUCUGAUAACCACCUGUCGAGGGUUGGCUGAGAAAUUGAACUUCUGCCAUGCAGGCCGGUUCAUUAGAGAACACUUGAUACUUAAUAACACCGACAUUUCUCACAGAUGAUGUAAGUUGUUUUCCAUGUCGCAGGAUUUGGCUGGCCUCAGAUUAAAACGAACAGAUCUGCAAUGAAUUGGAGGGCCGUCAGAAGUAGAUGGGACACUUUCUGAGCGAGAUUGUUGUGAAGAUCAAGACUUUUAGGAAGCGUGAUCUGUUUCAGCUGAAAAUCGAAUCUCAACUGUUUACUUCUUUAGGCAAUCCAAGCCACUUAUGAAUUUGAACCCCCACGGCGAUUUUGAAAGGCUAUUAAACCAAACAUUUUGAAAAGAGAAGGGGGGAGGGGGUGUGGAGGGAGUGCGGAAUAACCUGAAAGCCGUGUUAGGGGAAUUUUUAGACGUUUUAGUUCGUGUAAUUUCUAUGACUAGAAAUCACACCUCACCACGUAGAUUUUGAAAUUAUCAAGUGGUUAAUUAAAUUAUGGUUAAUUAUCUCUUGGACGUUCGGAAAAAAAUAACCUGACCUCCUAAAUGAAUUUCAAGACGAAGUGUUUGAUAACAAAUCUUUUCCAAGCUGCCUUCUCCCCCCCCCCCCUCCCCCCUCCCUGAACUAAACAUCUCAUUGUUUCUACGGAAUGAGAACGUCUAAAAUUGACUUUUAUCAUGAUCGCUGAAUUUAAAUACUUUGUGUCACGAUUACGCAUAGCUUCGAAUCUUAAUCUUUUUUGAUGCUUCCUCGGUAUCAGGAAGCUCGAGAAGAAGGAAUUUAGCUUGUGGGGUUGGAGCAAAGUUGAACCAUUUUUUUCCUCAAGGAAAUAAUGUUCGAGUCGAGGAAUGUAAUGACUUCUUAAUUGGUAAUCGUUUAUUCUUGAACGAGUUGUUAUUCAUAAUCAAGGAUGCUCUGUUAUCAAGACCACAUUAUUUGUAUUGCGGCCAUUAAGUUCUCGACUUCCUUAAAUAAACUCGUGCAAAACAUUUUUGCUGAGUUAUCUAACAGAGGUCAAGUUCUAUAAGUCACUGUGCGUUGAAAGAAGCCCGAGUCAAAUGGGAGACAGAUUGAAACUGUCUGUCACUAAGUUUUCAUUUAUGGAAACGGAAGGAGCCUUCUAGUAUUUGUCGGUGUGAGAUUGCAAGCAAUUAUAUGACCUAGGUAAUCUUUGAGGUUGUUUUGCUUUUGUUUCGGUCGGAUAACGCACGGAACGCUGUUUUUUUACAUGACAAGUCGACAACGAUGGUAUUCUUCAAGACCUGCUACAUAGUUGCCUUUUUAAUGAUCGCAGGACUUUUCUUAGCUUUUGCUGAAGAUGAUUUGAUUAUAGUGAAAACACGAUUUGGAUCGGUCAGGGGAAAUACUCGUCGUUUUGAUGACCUCAGCAUGCCCAUCCGAGCUGUGGAUAAAUUUCUUGGGAUUCCGUUUGCAGCGCCGCCUGUGGGUGAGUUACGGUUUAAGCCUCCGCAGCCCCCCCAGGUUUGGAACCCGUCCAUUUACGAUGCCUCGCAUUUUAAGGACAUCUGUAUUCAAGAUCCUGAGUACAAUGAGUUCUUCUGGCCAAAUCUUUCCAUUCCACAAAGCGAAGAUUGCUUGUAUCUAAAUGUGUAUUCACCCCAUCGGAACUCGAGCUCCAAGGAACUCUUUCCAGUCAUGGUUUAUAUUCACGGAGGGGGCUAUGAAGCUGGAACCCCCGCUGUCAGUCCGGGAGAUGUGAUCCCCUUAUGGGGUGUCGUUCUGGUGACCAUACAAUACCGCUUAGGCCCCUUUGGGUUCAUUACUUCUGGUGACGUAAAGGCUCCUGGAAAUUAUGGAAUGUUGGAUCAGGUCGAGGCUCUAAAAUGGAUCCAAAACAACAUAGAGCCCUUUGGGGGUAAUUCGUCGGCGGUUACCAUAUUUGGUGAGAGCGCUGGAGGGUCCAGCGUAGGCCUUCUACUCUUGUCCCCUCUUACGAAGGGUCUUUUUCACCAUGCAAUAUCGAACAGCGGAGUGGACCUCUCCCCUUUUGCCAUUGGGUCAAACGAAGAAGUA